UUGUUCAUUAGUACCAGUAUCUUCGCAACGAUCACUUUACUAAAACUGACCAAGACAAAACAAGCGGUCAAUUCGUUUAUCACAUUUUGCACUCGAAUAGCUGGCUAUAUCCAACGCAGUCCUUUUACAAGAUUUCAGAGAACAGCGAGCAAGUGAUCUUUUUUUACGAUCGCGAACGACGAAGCAACAAAGUCUAGUAACAACCACGCGUCGAGCAGCUCAACCAACAGAGUCAAACUAGACUCAUCUGAGGCCGUUACUUUUUGUCUACACAACCAAAAUGGCCACUUACAUCGCUUUGUUGGGCUGCUUUUUGGUCUGUUUUUUGGCAUAUGUGGAUGGAUUAACGCCGAGUUGUACUUCAGUUAGAACGAAAUAUAUAGCCAAGGGUUUAUUGCAGAGUGAUGUCCCCGCGAAAGCAGUAUCUGAUUCAAGCUUAAAAGUUUGUUCAGCGUCAAGUGAAAGUUGUUGCUCCAAGCGAAUGGAGGACAGUUUUGCGGGACUCGCCAAAUCUGAGUUUAAAGUCGCUCUCAUAGCAAAGACGGACAAUCUAAAGAGCAUAUUCGCCAUUAAUGGAAAAGUCUUCGACGUUUUUUUUCAAAAACUCAUCAAGAAUUCAGAGAGGGAUUUGAAUACUAUGUUUCUGAAAACCUAUGGCAACUUUUACAAAGACCACGCCAAGGUGUUCGUUGACCUGUUUCUCAGUCUCACUCAGUACUACCAAGGCAAGAACCUUGAUCUUACUCAAGUCAUGAAUAACUUCUUUGCAAAUCUGAUGAAACAAAUGUUCCAACUGAUGAACUCAAAAUACAAGUUUGAGAAUAGCUACUUGGAUUGUGUGACUCAGCACAUGGAUGAUCUUAAACCAUUUGGCGAUGAAAAACAGAAGUUGACGGUACAGGUCAAACGAGCCUUUGUGGCUGCACGAGCAUUCGUUCAAGGACUAAAUGUUGGUUCCAGUGUACUGAAACAGCUCCAGGAAAUCUCAGCCACAAAUGAGUGUGAAAAAGAAAUCACUAAGUUGUCUUUUUGUUCUUGGUGCCAAGGACAAACAGAUUUGAAACCCUGCCCAACAUUCUGUACUGACACCUACAAAACCUGUUUCUCUAACUUGAACGGAGUAAAUGCUGCAUGGAAUAGCUAUGUCACUGCAUUGCUGGACCUGUCAGGCAAGUUUGAAGGACCUUUUAGCAUUGAGAGUGUCAUCAAUCCACUUGGAGUGAAAAUUUCAUUUGCCAUCAUGAACUUUCAAGAAAAACAUCUUGAAGUUGCAAAAAAGAUUUUCACUGGAUGUGGGACACCAACAACCCUAGCCAAAACAAAGCGGUCUUCUGACGAUAGUGACUUCUUCAUUGACGAACCAGGAAAAAUACGACGUGAAGUGAAACAACAUGACCCCAGCUCUGCAACACCUACACUAUCAACAAUGAACCUUGGAAAAAUAACUAAAAAGUUUAAAGAACAAAUAAAGCCAGCAAAAGAGUUUUGGCAAAAUCUUCCAUCAAAUAUCUGUACAGCUCCAAAAUCAUCGUCUGAUUCUGCAAACUGUUGGAAUGGCACUGCUGUUGGAAAAUACACAAGUCCAGGCGACUCAGAAAAUAACAUCGACUCAUCUUUAAGUUCUUCAAGGGAUAAGGUAGAGCAACAGGUUGCUGUCCUAAAAGCCAUGACUCACAGAUUGACCGCAGCUUUGUCAGGAGAGGAUGUGAACGUCGUAGGUGGAGAUACUGAUGGUAGUGGCGAUGGCAGUGGUAGUGCAAGCGGUGAGAGUGGUGAUGGUAAUGACAUCACUUCACCACCAACGGUUUUCCCAACGACGGAAGACAACUCGAUCGAUGACAAUAUGUUAGGCGGUGGAGCCAGCAAUGAUGGAGGAAACACUCUAGGAAAGAGAAAUAUGGACAGCAAUGCACAGACCUUGAACGCCAUGAAUGCUUUGUUGUUCAUAAUGCUUGCGUUUGUGUACGUCAACUUAAGGUGGUCAUAAACAGCUAAGGAGGCAAUUGGUUUGAUUUUGUAAGACAGAUGAGGGUCAUUAGACCAUUCUUACUUGCGAAGUUGACUUUUCUAAAGAUAUGUAAUUGAAGAGAAUUGUAAAUAUAUGAACAAAGCUGACCAUCAGACUUUCUCCGUCAAGACCGUAAGACAAACCUCGCUAAAGUUUUUGUAUCGAACUGUAUGCAAUUGUACGACGGUUAUAAUCUAGACAAACGCUUUGAACUGAAGCGUUUUUAACUAUAAACGUCAGUGUCGCAGAUCUAUAAAACUGACUCCAAUAAGAAGGUCAAGAAAGACUGACGAAACGAAGUUCGCAA